AUGACUACAACUCAAUCGUCUCAAGAUGUAGCCGGGGAUGGCAAUAGUCUGCACUCGCUCCGUCCAACAACUUUGUUCAAGCGUUGCAUAACAGCAUCCCCCCGGAACUGCUUCCGCGCUUCGACCCCAUCUACGUGGAGCCCGGAUAUUUUCCGGAUUACCCAACAGAAAAUACCCGUCCAAGGCGGCGAAAUAGCCGUUCGGAUUUUUGAUCCCAGAACAAUCCUUGACGUACAAGGCAAGCCGAAAAAGAGAGCAGCGUACGUCAACUUCCAUGGUAGUGGCUGGGUAUUUGGAAACCUUUCUGUGGACCGUGAUUUCUGUAACCAAGUUGUCCAAGGCCUAGAUGGCAAUCUGGUGGCUUCUGAUGUCGAUUAUCGACUAGCACCGGAGCACAAAUACCCUAUUCCUGCUCGAUCGCAGAAGGCAGAGGAGUUCAAUAUCGAUCCGGAUCGGAUGGCAGUUGGUGGUGCUUCAGCAGGACAUCUAUCAGCCGUCAUCAGCCAUCUCUGUCGCAAUGUCAAUAUUCCACUACGCUUGCAGCUUUUAACUGUCCCGGUCUGUGAUAUGCACAAUGUUUUCACACCGAAUGGCGAUUUUGAUUGGGACAACUGCCCAUAUGAGUCUUAUCGGGAGAUGGAGUUUACAGCAGCCCUUCCAACGGCAUGGAUGGCAUACUUCCACAAACAGUUCCUGGGAGUGCCCAGGCCUGCUCCGUCACUGGAAGAUUGGAAGAUCUCCCCUAUGCUAGCUCAUAAUUUUUCCAACCUUGCACCCGCCUUUGUAUUUACUGCAGAGUUGGACCCUCUGAGGGAUGAGGGAGAAGUCUAUGCCGCGAAACUGAAGGCAGCUGGUUGUCGCGUGGAUCUGAUGCGUAUGGAGGGAGUCACCCAUACUUUCAGCGGUCUGGAUGGCAUCCUGGACGUAGGGAAAACAUACAACAAGAAAGUCAUCGAAGCCAUGAAGAAGGAACUCGUAAUCUAG